AAGCGACGAGAGGCGACAGCCAGCGAGGAUGCAGCGGACCCCGCAGCGGGGACGAGCCGCGGGCAGGAUGCUUGUGUCCGCUGGCCUGCCGUUGUUGUCGUCCCCUCAUCGCUUUCGGACCCCGCCGCACCCAUGAGUCCUCAGCCGACGCCGAUGACGCCCGGAGCAGCGACAGCGAGGCGGAAAGUGUCCGCGGACGGCGAGCAUGUGCUGCUGGCGCGUCGGCUUCGCAUGGACGAGGUCGUGUGUGGUUGAUCUCGGCCGGAACCAGAGCGUCUCCGUCCCUUGCUACGCCGGCGAACAGCACUCGUUUUAUGGGUCCGUCAUCGCCCUUCCCCUGCACGACCACGGCGGGAUCAUGUCAGCGCUGGGGUCAGACUCCUGGUGGCGGAAGACGCUCUAUUUGACCGGGGGGGCUCUGAUGGCCGCCGCUGCCUAUUUGCUUCACGAAUUGCUGGCUAUCAGAAAAGAAGAAGAGUUGGACUCUAAAGACGCCAUCAUUCUGCACCAGUUCUCACGACCCAAAACCGGCGCCCCAUCCCUGUCCCCCUUCUGCCUUAAGAUGGAGACCUACCUCCGCAUGGUGGACCUGCCCUACCAGAACUACUUCGACGGCAAGCUUUCGCCGCAGGGCAAGAUGCCGUGGAUCGAGUACAACCACGAGCAGGCGUGCGGCUCUGACUUCAUCAUCGACUUCCUGGAGGAGAGGCUGGGCGUGAGUCUCAACAAGAGCCUGUCGCUGCAGGAGAGGGCCGUGUCACGUGCCGUCACCAAAAUGGUGGAGGAACACUUCUACUGGACCAUCGCCUACUGCCAGUGGGUGGACAACCUGGAGGAGACCCAGAAGAUGUUGUCCGUGAGCGGGCCGCUGAGCGAGCUGCUCAAGUGGAUCCUGAGUCACGUGACCGGGGGCAUCGUCAAGCGGGAGAUGUACGGACACGGCAUGGGACGCUACUCCAAAGAAGAAGUCUACGCCCUGAUGGAGAAGGACAUGCGCACGCUGGCCACCCUGCUAGGCAAUAAGAAAUACCUGAUGGGUUCCAAGAUUUCUACAGUAGAUGCCACGGUGUUUGGUCACCUGGCCCCCGCCAUGUGGACCCUACCUGGAACCCGACCAGAGCAGCUCAUCAAAGGUGAGCUGAUCAACUUGGCCAUGUACUGCGAGCGUAUUCGCCGGCGCUUCUGGCCCGAGUGGUUUGUGGACUUGGAGGACUUCUUCUACAAGGACACGUCGGAGGGCAGCGUCUCGGCCUCCAGGCUGCCUGACCUUGGCCUCUAUUCCCGCACGGACACCCUCCAGGACGACACCCACUCGCACAGCGCACACACCAGCCACACGCCGCCGCCGCUGUCGCCCGCCAGCGACCCCACGGGCCACUCGCUGUACGACUCCGACAUGGACACCGAGUGCUCAGAGACGGAGCUGCUCAAGUGUUGACGAAAGGUUAAACAAGAGGUCAUAGACGCGGGAACAACAGUUGACCACGCGCUCGUGCGCUGCAACAAACUUGCGUUGAUGUCGCAUCGCCGUAACCGUGGCCGCCGUGUGCGUUUGCCACCUCGUGAGCCAAUAGCGCCACCGAGCCUCUUCUCCCGAUGAAGGCCACAUGCAGAAGGACGCUCCUCAGUGUAAAUACAUGGAAAAAUGACGUACACAUGCAUAGAAAUAGUAUAGCUAGCCUGCAAAUAUCAAAGAAUAACAAUCAUGCUGUGUAAAUACUUCACCCACAUGUUGGCAUUACUCACAAAAACGCCCCCUUUUACCUGAUCUCGGGUCAGUAGAAGCGGCUUCAAAAUGCAUCUGUAGCCCCCUUUUAGUCAUCUUUUUAGCAACAUAACAGGAAUACUCACUUUGACCAACUUGUCAACAUGGAAAUGAAAUAACGUGGUGAGCGGAUUUAUCCAUUCAUACAAAAUAACUUUAUUUUUAUCUGUAUUUUAGAUUCAUUUAUUGCUUAAUUGAUUUCAUGCCCACCUCUGCUAUGAUCAUUUGGCGCUCAUCAUCCAUAUUUGGAUUAUUUGGCCUUGGCGGAGGUCUUCGCCCCCACUGAGUGCCAUUCUAGUUUGUUCAUGAGGAUGCUGAGCUGCAACAGCACCAAAACACAAACAUUUUGUGAAAAUAUGCUGUGAGCCGUCCAUAUUUAUGGUAAAUAUGGCUCCGCCCCCUUCCACGGCUAUGGAUUAGUGCAUCAGAUGGACGUGUGACGACAAAACAAGCACACGUGUAAAGGAAGGCUUUGUGUUACGUGAACAAGAGGGCAAUCAAUCGCAGAGCAAUAGAUGGAACACUUUCUCUGCUGACUUACUCCACGCUCCCUUUGUCUCCUCACGCAAACACGCUGGUUGUUGUGUGCGUUUGUCGUUCAGCAAACACGCAUGUUGCCUAACAGCAAGGUCAGAUGUCGAAGGGCUGCCUUUUCCACAGCAAUUACGCUCAAUUUUGAUGGACACAGUCAUUCGACGCCACGUUCGUUAUUACAGUUGGCGUUUGUUCGAGGCGCUGGCUUAAUAUUUUGACCCCCUCGUGUUGCUGAAUACGUUUUUCGCCAAAGCAUACUGUACGUGUUGUGUCACACGUUGCCCUACAAAAGAAGAAAAUAAAGACAUUGUAAUGCAUGCAAACAUGAAGUAAAGCCAAAUGAAUGAGUUGACGUAAGUAGCGUUAAUGUGUAGCGACAUUCAUGGGGUGUACUUUAAAAAAUAAAAGCUGUAAGGAGGCUGAGAGCAGCAGUUUCCUUUAUCAGUUAUUCUUUCUUCUUUCAGAGGUCAGGCAUGUUGUUGCCUCGUGCCAGCAUUAUUCACAUUUGGCCUUAUGUGGGUGGGAAAAAGGUUCUGUUUUAUUUAUAUUGUGUAUGUUAUAUUUUAUUAUAUUAUGUCAUCAUAAUUAAUUGUGGUUGUUUAUUAUUAGGAAUUUUUUAUAUAUUAUUUGUAUUUUUUUACAUUUGCUAUUUAAUUUGUUUUUGUUGCUUAGUGGUGCCAGCAUGCAAAUACUUGUUUUCUGUUAUUGCUUGAUUUGGUCUGUUAUAUUUUCAGCUUUGUAGAAGUGCAAUGUCCUCUGUACUUUAGUGCGCCUUCCAGCGCUGCGCUGGUUGAGAUACAGGUAUAUGUUUGGGGUCGCCGGUUCAAGUCCUCACAGUCAACUGUUCAUCAGACAAAAAAAAAAAGUUUUAUCCCGAGAAUUAAAAACAGAAAAACUGACUUUUAAGACUUUAAAUCAACAGAUGGGGGUCACUCGUGUAUCAAAAGAGGUCAUAAACUGUAUAAGCCAUAUUACAUUGUGUCUUGUUAGUGUGUGUGUGCAUCACGUGUACAUAAGACAACAUGAUGUACUGUAUUGUUAUGAAUGUAUGUAGAGAUGAAUCAUUAAAAAUAAGCGGGAUAUUUUACUUUUUUUGUCUACUACGAAGGGUGCGGCUGUGGGCGUACACAUACACGUCCACCCCCCAAUCCUUUUCCUGUGUGCUUGCUGGCAGCAUUGGGAUUGACUUGGAAUUUCUCACACUGCGCUCUACAAAACACCCGCUGUAACUUCAGGGCGUUGAGCCGAAUCGCCACUGAAUUUGGUGCACACCCUCAGGGGACUGGCAAGCACACGUGUGUCAAAUCUUAGCAGGAUUGGUUGAAAAACAUGGCGCCCAUCACAUGACUGACAAGAUACUGCCGAAUAUUACAAGUAAAACUCUGCGUCGAACACAGUUAUCGCCCUCCUUUUUUGUUGUAUUACUUUCCAUUAAAUCCUAUUGAAAAUGUGUAUAAUACAAUUAUUGCUUCUAUGGUAGUCAAACACAAAGAAGCUGAGCG